AUGGAAAAUUUGUUACCGACUGCAAAUCCAAUUCUUUAAACUCCGUUUGAAUUUACAAAACCUAAAUUUGAUUAUCCUGGCUAGAUUGGUCCCUUGCCUUAUUUUCAUAAUUAAUAUAAGCCUCCAAAAGAUGUUCUUAACUUCGAAUGCUGUGAUAUCGACUUUUUUUAAAGAGAAUAAACCUAGUUUAAGACAUUUCACGAAUUGCAUAACAAUUCAGCCUUGGUUUAUUAAAGAUUUGUUAUCUAAACUCCUAAAGGAUAGAAUUUUGCAUCUCCAAAAUACUCUGGAACUCAACUAUUUUCAAAAGGACCCAUUCAUUUUGACUCCAACUUCGAAUGUGGCAAUUUGUACACUGUACAUAGAGUUGCCAAUAAAAAAUAUAAUUUGAUCUUACAUAAUGAUACCCAAACAAAUGGUUGCACAAGAUGGUAUUUCUUCAGUGUAAGAACUCCAGAAAGAAUGAUGCUCCAAUUGAAUAUUAUCAAUUUGAGUAAAUCAGCAUCAUAUUUAAGUGUCAAUCCCUACAUCUACACUGCUCGUACUGGAUGGUAUAGAGGCGGAGAUAAUGUGUAAUAUUAUAAGAACAACUAUAAAAAAAAUCAAGACGCUAACUAUUAUACCUUAUCAUUUAGUUAUCUCUUUGAAAAAGAAGAUAUCACCUACUUUGCCUUGUAUCCACCCUAUGGAGUAACAAGUCUCCAAUCCUUCUUGAAACCUUUGUCGAACCUAUCUUUUUUUAAAUUGAAAUCAAUAACUAUCAAUCCAGGUAAUUAAUGCCCUGUGAUCACUAUGGGAGAUUCAUCUAAGCCUUUAAUAGUUAUACUGGCAAGGUAGCAUCCUUCAGAAGUGAUAACAUCGUAUGUGGUUGAAGCCAUCAUUUAAUAUUUAACAAUCUAAGACGGUCAAAAUCUAAGAGAGUAAUUCUGUUUCAAAAUUUUACCAUUGAUGAAUCCAGAUGGUGUUAUCCAUGGAAAUAGUACCACUACACUUUAGGGAAUAGAUAUCAACUAAAAAUGGCAUAAAGUUAAUAAAUUAAUCCCUAGUGCUCAGCAUGUAAAAGCAAUCUUAAAAAAAUCCGAAAAUUUACAUUUAGUUCUAGAUUUACAUUAAACAUUUAAUAAAUAUGGAAUAACUUUUGUUGGUAAGUGUGAUCAAGAUUAACCAUUUAUUGCAGCCAUUUCAUAAACUUGCCAAUACGUUAAUUUGAAUUAAAGUAAAUUUGGAAAAUCAACAAAAAUGGAAAAUACUCUUCCAUUCGCUUUAGGAACUAUUGUAAAAAUGGGUUGCAUAUUAUAAAUGAGAAUUUCAAAUCAAGAUGGGAAUGGUAAAGAUAUUCAAAUAAAGUCCCUUUAAUAGAUUGGCAUUGAUAUCUGCAAAGCUAUUGAUCUGACAACAACUCCUUAACUUAUCAAGGAAUUCCCAAAAUUCCAUUAAUAAAUGGAUAUUUCAGAUUCUGAAUCAUGUCACUCUUUUGAUGAAAAUACUUAAAAUAAAAAAAGAAUUAUUAAGAGAAAAUUAACAACCAUCAAUACAGGAAAUGAAAAUAAUCUAUCUAUUGCAACAACUACAACAACUAAAAAGUCAUUUCUUCCAUCAAAACUCAAACCUCUAUGCGAUUUAUCCUAGUACUAAACAUCAAAUAAAAAGCCAAUCCAAUCCUCCCAAUUUAAAACUAGAAUAAGAUCUUUUUCAACAAGAGCUCCUGAUUUCUAUCUAAAAAAUUGA